CUUCCCUCUCCCUUGGCUUGACUUGCACUUCUUUCUCAGGUCUUUCUCCUCUAAUAAAGAAACAGCCCACGGUGAUACUUGGGCCGCAACAGGUGACAUGGGAUUUCUGAGCUACAGUUGGUUGGUUGAACACCACCAUUCAGUAAAUAUUUCUUGUUUAGGCACUAUUAAGGGUCAAAUGAAAUACAAAGCAGCAACUUUGAAGCAUGAGUAAUGGACCUUGGCAGCCCCAAGUCUACUUGGCUUCACUGAGUCUCACUGAACCUGAUCCAAGAUUCUCCUCCCUGGGCUUGCUGCAGCUCUCUGAUCCUGGAAUCCUCUUCAGUUCCAGCUAGGAUGCUGCAUCAGGCACUUCGUAGAUUUGGUCAAAAACUGGUACGAAGACCUACACUGAAGGAACCGGUGGCUACGGAUGACCCACGGAGAAGCCUGAACACUCUGGAUUUAGUGGCUCGGGUUGUGGGCCGCACAGUGGGUAUAGGUGUGUAUAUCCUGGCUGGUGAGGUGGCCAGAAAUCAAGCAGGACCAUCCAUUGUGAUCUGCUUUUUGGUGGCUGGCCUGUCUUCUGUGUUGGCUGGGCUGUGCUAUGCAGAGGUUAGCGCCCGAGUUCCCCAUUCUGACUCUACAUAUCUCUACAGCUUUGUCACUAUAGGUGAACUCUGGGCUUUCAACGGCUGGACCCUCAUACUCUCCCAUGUUGGUGAUAAAGCCAUUGUGGCCCGUGCAUGUAUCUUAGCUUUUGACAACCUGCGUGGGAACAAGAUCUCUCAGACCCUGCGUGAGAGCAUCUCACCACAUGUUCCUCGUGUCCUUACAGAAUAUGUAGAUAUCUUUGUUGUGGGUCUUGUGUUUUUGCUCAUAGAAUUCCGGAAUCUGAGGUAUGUUUGGUCUUUCCCAGUUACCAAAAUGGCCACAUUGGUGAAACUUUUGGUUCUCAAUUUUGUCAUCAUCUCUGGCUUCAUUAAGGGGGACCUGCACAACUGGAAACUCACAGAAGAGGACUAUGCAAUGGCUGGACUCAAUGACACCUCGAGCUUGGGCCCUCUGGGCUCUGGAGGAUUUGUGCCUUUUGGCUUUGAGAGGAUUCUCCGUGGAACAGCUACCUGUUUCUAUGCAUUUAUAGGUUUUAGCAGCAUUUUUGAAAAAGUUGAAGAAGCCCGGAAUCCCCAGCAUUCCAUCCCCAUGGGCAUUGUGAUUUCACUGUUCAUCUGCUUUUUGGUGUAUUUUGGUGUCUCUGCAGCACUUACACUUAUGGUGCCUUACUACAAGCUUCGACUUGGGAGCACCUUGCCUCAGGCAUUACUCCAUAUUGGCUGGGCCCCUGCCUACUAUUUUCUAGCUUUUGCAUUUCUGUGUAUUGUUUCUGCCAGGCUCUUGGGCUUUAUGUUUCCCAUACGUCGAGUAUUACACAGGAUGGGACAGGAUGGUCUCCUGUUCCCUGUCCUUGAAAGAAUCCGUUCCCACCCAUUCAUCCUUAUCAUGACCACUGUGAUCUUGAGCAUUAUUACAGCAAUCAUGGCAGUCUUCUUUGGGCUCACUGAUCUCCUGGACCUUAGGUCAGUUGGAUCCCUGAUACCUCACUCCCUGGUUGCUACUUCCAUUCUCAUCCUCAGGUAUCAGCCUGAGGCAAAGGCAGGGGAAAAUGAAUCAGAGGUGCUGGAGGAGAAUGGUCAUACAGUAGAGAGGCUGACUCUACAGGGACUACUUUUUCCAGGCAGCCCCACCCCCACUCCACUCUCUGGCCGGGUUGUCCGUGUUUGCUCCGCACUGCUUGCUCUGCUGCUAAUUCUUCUUUGCCUGGUGCUGGCCCAGUGGCCAGUUCUGCUUUCUGGAGACCCAGUGUGGAUUUCAGUGGUUGUGGUGCUCCUGGUGCUCAUCACUGGGCUCACUGGGGUCAUCUGGAGACAGCCUCAGAGCUCUAGUCCCCUUUACUUUAAGGUCCCUGCUCUGCCUCUGCUCCCACUACUGAGCAUCUUCAUGAAUGUUUGCCUUAUGGUGCAGAUGACAGCUGCCACCUGGGCCCUAUUUGCUUUCUGGAUGUUGAUUGGGUUUGCUAUCUUUGCCUAUGGGAUCCAGUACAGUCUGGUCUCUAACUCCGCUUAAGUUAGGGCCAAAAGUGUAGACCUUGAACUAAGCAGUACCAGUACAUAUUUGGUUUGACAUCAUCACACCUGAAUGCAGUCUUGUCUCUCUGCACAAUAUUGGAGAGUCUCUUGACUGCAUGGAAAGCUAGGCCUCCAAAGGGAUGUUGGUGGGUGAACACUAAUAGAGCUCAGUGUGUAUUGUGAAGGAUGUGUCUUUGCUCUUUCUCCUUUUUUUUUUCUUUUAACCUGUCUACUUUUGAAUUGUGUCUGUAGCUGCUUA